GGGGGGUCUGAAAUAAUCCUCAUUUAAGAAAAGGGGUUGCCCUGACCAGAAGAACCGGUUGGUACUCUUUCAUGAAAAACAGGGGCCGGGUGUUGGAAACAAGAUGGCGCGAUGGUUGUCUCCCCCGACUUAUACCAGCGCCCCAGAGAUGCCAGUAGACGUAAAGGAUGGGGUGUCGGUCGUCCUCCCGGAAGAUGGGGCGUGGACGGACCUUGAACCAGCAUAUCAAACCGUGAUGCUCGAUGGGAAAGACGCGUUCCUAUGGAUAGAGACGGUAUGGGCUAAUGUUAGCUUGACAAGGUUAUCACCAAGUUUAAUGGAUUUGGAGUUCCGGGGAACAAUGGAAGCUCAGGGGUGGGUCUACUUGUCGCAAGAUGGGGAAAAUGCUAUGGUCAUAGAAUUGACACUCGGGAAUACGCCGGACGAAUUGUUUAAGAAGGCGGAAGCGGAGGUCGUAUGGGCUGCGUGUCAGCGAAGGGAGAUGGAAAUGAAGAGGGUAGAUGUGCGGGUGGAACUUGGGGAUAGAGGAAGCAUGAGGCGACCCGUAAGAACCAUGCGAUAACUAGGCGAAAUGGCAACGGAGGAGGAAACAGAUAAUCAUAAGAGUGAAGAAGAACCGGGCUUAGGAGGCAGUGCCGCACAAAGCGAAGGGGGGCAGAAGGACAGAGAAUCGAUAAAUCCGGAUGGUACCAAAGGGAACGGGAAGGAGAUCUCCAUAGGGGAAAGCUCGAGGAAAGUUGGGGGAAGCAGGCAGGGGACUCAGGGGACCAAGGAAGGCAGGAAUAAGGAUAGGACAAGCCCCGGAAACUUGGAAGGAGCCGUGUCUAAGAAAAUAGAUUACGAGAACCUGGUUGCGCUGUUGAAAUGGACCGAAGAGGAGAAGAUGGACCACCUGGGACAGCAUGUGUCUUUGAGCCUAGGACGGGACAUAAUGACCAUCGUAGCCGCAAGCCGGACUUGGAAAGGAACCCGGGAUGUGAUGAUGAGAAAGUAUCUGGCAGCAGAAAAGAUGGCAACGAAGAGCGAUUUAGCGACAGUCCAGAGAAAGAACUUCGCAACGUACAAUGAUUUUCUACGGGAGUUUACUUUGGUAGCACUAAGAAUCCUCGGGGUUACGGAUCGAAUAAUGAGUAAGUAUUUCCUCAGACAGUUCUCCGAGUUCGACAAGGACAAGAUCCUGUCGACUUACCAACAGACGAGAAAAUUUGUAAACACCAGGGAUGUUGAUUUCAGUACGGUAACGGAUCUGGCCGAAAAGACGGUAGUGACCGAGACAUUGGCCUUGCUUAAGGAAGGGGAGAUCAUAGAUUUGACCAGUAGGAUGGGCGACAAGGUGAAAAAUGGGAUUGAAAGCCUACACGAACGGGUGCACGGAGUCGCCAACAAGAUUGAAAGGAUGGAAAGCGCGCUACUAGUUAUGCAGGCGCAAGUAUCCCUUCCCCCCCUCCCGCCCCAGGAAGCAGUAGUUCCGCUAGGGGUCACCAAUCGUGGAUUCGGACGGAGAGAUCCCGCUAACGAGCAAUGCAAGUACUGUACCGCGAUAGUACAUUAUGUGCGCGUUUGCCCAAAGCUCAAACAUGAUAUUCUGAAAAGAAGGUGUACCAGGUCAUUAAAGGGGGAGAUAUUUGGACCACAAGGGGAAUGGGUGAACUGGAACUCACCAGGAGGGAUGCGGCGAGUCAUUAUCAUGCACAACGGGCUGGAAAUAACAGUCGUAGAAGCCAAACCAGUGGGCGAGAUCAGUUGGGAUCAACGCCAGGGGCGCGGGCCGCAGGUCAAUUUCAUUUUGGAAAACGACGAAUAUGAUAGGGUGAACGCGACUACUCGGCUAGGGAUGGUUGGGAGAAGGAUUAACCGUGACACCGUGAUGGAGGAGGUUGCUGGAAGUUCGGAACCCCAGGCAGAGCCAGAGGCCGAGGAACCGGAAAAGAUCUAUGGGAAACCUAGGGAAGAGGAGCCUACAGACAAAGUUUCCGCUGCCAAGAAGAAGUUUAGGUACCAAAUCCCGAUCUUAUCCUUACCUGAGAUCGCUCACACCAUUAGCAAGUUACUAGGGACCAUGGUGUCGGUGUCUUUUCAUACUAUGCUGCAGGCUAGCCUUAGGUUGCUCAAAGGGCUUAGACAAUUGUUGACCCGGCGGCGGGUAGAAAUAGGCGACAACCCCGAACUACCUGAAGGGGAGAGGGAGGAGGAAGCUCCGCAAGAAGUAGCUAACCUUCAGAGGAGUCGCGGGGACUUGGGCGAUCUCGAUAAAGCUUUUGCAGACAUUCAUUUGAGUUUGCCCGACCGAGAGGGUGGCGAGGUCAUGAGGUCACCUCCCGUGACAAAUCUUAGCUUUCAUGCACUGCCCGUAGGGAAGCUGAAAAUCCAGAUCGAGACUCAUCAUACCGACGCGUUAGUAGACGGGGGGGCAGAAAUCACCCUCAUAAGAAGAGAUUUCGAAACGAUCACGGGAUGUACGGUAAACAAGGAAGUAACAGGGAGCAUCCGGGGAGCUGGCAGGGAAAUCCCGUUCGCUGGGUACGUCACGAAGUGUGUUGUAAAGGCAGGGGUCAGGGAAUCAAGCUGGUCAUUUCAAUGGAUGACCGUAAUGGAGGAAAUGGACCACGGCAUAAUCCUCGGGAGAUCGUGGUGCGCGAACGUGGAGAUGAUAGGCAUGCACUUUCACGAUGGCUCAUACAUGGUAGACAUAGAGGACCCGAUGACCUGCCGGGGAGAGCUCCUCCGACUCCUUGGAACGGGAGAAGACCCCCCGAGGGGGAAAUUGGCAACAUGGUCGCCGUCAUUCGAGGAUAGUAUGCGAAAAGGGGCUUUCGCACGAAUGGAGAGUAUGAGAGAAAGGGUAGAAAUCAUGAUUGAGGAAGCGUUAAAUAAGAAGGAGUGGAUCAAGAUGGGCCUUCCCCAGAAGAAGAGGAGGCAGGAGAACGAAGUCCUAGGUGUUAUGGUAGCAGAAAAGGAGUCAGAGGUCGAACUUGGUGCUAGCCUGCCCAAACGGAAAGAAGUGCGCGUAGACAUGCCGGAAAUCGCACUCGAGAUCCCCGAUCUAUUGCAACUCAUCAAGGCCCUCAGAUACCACAAGGUAGGAGUGGAUUCGGCAGCCUUGGCCAAGUUCGAAAGAGAGGUGCAAAAGGGAUAUUGUCGGAAUGGGAAAUUAGUUAGCAUUCAACCACGAGUCAUAGAGGCGACGGGGGCAAUUCCGGCUGAAGCCGGAUCCGGCAAAGACCGACAAAAUAUCACAAUGACCGACACCACUGCGCACGACGACGGAGGGGCCCUAAAGAAUUACAGGCCUAUAGAUCCGAUGGUAGGGAGAUGGGUAGGAUUCAUCUGGCAGUUCGAUUACAAGAUCGAACGGAUUGCUGGAAUCCGCAACAAGGCAGAUGGGCUGAGUCGGGUUUGCAUCACUCCCGAAGGGAUGGAGGAUGCAGAGCCUAUAGACGCCUUCCUCGAAUACGAAGGAGGAACUCUUGCGGCGGAUAACGAAAUGAUGAGCGAGGGACGCACAUCGGGAGAACUAUUGAUCCAGACUUUGCAGAAGGGGGCACCUUCCGUAGUAGCUGAACUUAGGGAAGGACCAGUUACCACUCGAGGACGCAGAGAAGAAAAGGACUCAUGGGGAGCGAUAGUAGGACCGAAGGAGGAGCUGAUAGCAAUGACGGUCGAAGGGGGCAGGGAAGCAGUGAUGAGCUUAGUGGAAUCUUGGGAAAGGAAAGACUUGCAAUGGGUGGUAAAUCAGAUGCAAGAAGGAAAGGAUGGGGGCAAGGAAGGAGAUAAGUUUUUCUGUGUCCAAUCAUAUGAAGGGCUCUUUCGGGAGAUCGGUUUGUUGUUGGUAGGAAACAAACAACCUACGGAAGUCAGUAUUAAGGCAAGAGAAGAAGUCGAAAGGACAACAGGAUGCAUCCCGGCAGAGCUUUGGUACGGAAGAGAGAUCAACUUUCCUGUGGAAGCCUUGGUACCUACUUGGAAUAGAUUAGAUGAUGAUCCGCAAAUGACCACUAAAGAGUUAAUCGAGGCAAAAUGUCAACAGAUCCUUAAGAAUGAGGAGGUCGUGGAAGACAUCGCCAGUCGGGUGCUGGACAGCAGAAUGAGGGACAAAGCAAGGUGGGACCAGGGCUUAGGAGUAAAACUUGAAAAGACAAAAAUGGAUUUCGGCAACGAGAACGAUAGCGGGGCAAUCAACAGGCCUACCGGAGAGGAAGAAGCUGGACCAAGCCAAGAGAGGAGGACAACGAAGAGAAAAUUUGACAUUGGGCUCAUAGGCGGGCCAGUGGUAGGCAGGGGUGGAAGGAAAUGUUUGUGUAGGAAACCCUCACCCCUCCGCAAGAGAGAAGGUAUAGAAAUAUCAUCUGGCAGUGAGGGCGAAAAGAGAAGGGUAAAUAUGGAAGAAGGAGGCAACACAGAAAUGGGAGAUAAGGCUCGGAUCUCUAACGAGGAAGGGGCCAAUAGGGGCGAACGACGUGAAACUUGGCAUGGGGAAAGCGAGGGGGGACAAGGUAUGCGUGACGAACGUGAGGAGGAUGAGGAGAAAAGAGAGAGCCCGCUUGAAGGACGAAGCGAUCACGGCAGUUGCGAGGGGUAUGGGACGGGGACAGAGAUCUCUUUUACCUACGAUCCAAAGAACCUUGCUGGUGGGUAUAACCCCAUACAAACUGAAGACGAGGGGGACGAGGAGGAGGAUGUGCGAGAAGUCAUAGAAAUCAGCAGCGGGAUUGAGAGGGAUGAGAUCUCAAGGCCUAGGGAAGAGGGGCGGCCUCCGAUGCACCAGCCAGGCGAUGGGGCUUUCAGAUGGGAGGACGAGUUCGGGCCAACGCCCAGUCACUGGUUUCAGCAAUGGACCAAUGUAAUCAGGCACGAAUGGAUUGUCAAGACUCGGGCACCCGCAAGGGCAGGGGUGGAAGCCACACCACUGGAUUUUUUCAACGAGGCUGAGUUGCAUAAAAUUGUAAGGAUGAAAAGAGAGAUCGAGACCUUCGGCCUGGGGGUUAGGAAGUCUGCCGAGGAACGGAGUGGAAAAGGAACUAGGCGAGACGAGGCGCAAGGCAGUAAUAGGAACUAGGUGUUGGCUUAACAUUGAAAAGGAUCGCUGCUUUCUGUC